AUGGACAGCCCUCCACCUCCCGAGCUCAAGAUCAACCCGCCCCUCCUCAACUCCGCCAACCCAUGGUGCACAACCUUCCACGACCUCGAGCGCCUGCACGCCUCCCCUCACACCGGCGCCCUCACGACCCGCACCUCCCUGGUCGGCGGCGCCGGCUUCCCGCACGACGACGCCUCCCACCAGUACGCCUUCUUCGACCCCAGCACCGCCCGGCCCUCCCCGGCGCCCAACGCCUCGACGCACAAGGCCCCGCCGGACAUCGGCGCCGAGAACGUCGCGUCCCUCAACAACCUGGGCUACUCCCCGCUCCCGCUCGAGACCUACCUCGACUUCGUCCGCCGGCUGCCGGACCGCAAGAUUCCGGGCGGCCGCCACCGCCAUCGCAAACUCAUCAUCAUCUCCGUCACCGGCUCCCCGGCCGAGGUUGCCGAGUGCUACCGCCUCAUCGCCCGCUUCUCCCGCACCACGCCGCACCCGCUCGCUAUGGAGGUGAACCUCUCGUGUCCCAACAUCGCCGACGCCGCGCCCCCGGCCUCGGACCGCGCCCAGCUGCUGGCCUACCUCGACGCGCUGCCGCGUCACCCCGAGAUCCCCGUCGGCCUCAAGACGCCGCCCUACACCCACCCCGCGCACUACUCGGAGCUCAUCGCCGCGUUGCGCCAGGACGCCACCGUCGUGUCGCCCAAGUCGAUUCUCAAGGUGCCCAGCAGGAUCAGCUUCAUCACCGCCGUCAACACGCUCGGCUCGUGCCUGCUGCUCGAGAGCGCCGGCGACGGAGAAUGGGACCCGCGGCUGCCGGGAUCGGGGUUGGGCGGCAUGGCCGGCACGCCGCUGCAUCCGUUGGCGCUGGGGAACGUCAAGACCAUCACGGACCUGGUCUCGCGGGAGCCCGAGUUGUUGCACAUCAAGGUCAUUGGGGUCGGCGGCGUCUCGGACACGGACGGAUUCAGGCGGAUGAAGAGCGUUGGCGCGUAUGCCGUAGGUGUGGGCACGGCUUUGGGAAGGGAGGGAGUCGAGGUGUUCGAGAAAAUUGCAUCUGGACUAGAGGUAGUAGAGGGCAACAAGUAA